CCCACGACACCAGGCACCUUCCUUCAAGUAUUGAUCAAAAGGAUCUUCCGCUCCAUUUUUCCCAUUGCUUCCCUCUUCUCGACUCCAACCUCACUCAGUUCUAAACCGGCAGGGCACAAACCGUGCCAUACCCAGCUCUUUCAAGGUCAACCUGAAUUUAAGUCAUGUCUAAUUCUACCGUAGAUCUCCCUCCCAAGGGCGGAUUUAAUUUUGACCUCUGCCGAAGAAAUGAUAUGCUUGAAAAGAAGGGUCUUAAACCCCAAUCUUUUCUGAAGACUGGAACUACCAUUGUUGGCUUAAUUUUCCAGGACGGUGUCAUUCUUGGAGCAGAUACAAGGGCCACUGAAGGGCCCAUAGUUGCUGAUAAAAACUGUGAGAAGAUUCAUUAUAUGGCACCAAACAUAUAUUGCUGUGGAGCAGGUACUGCUGCUGAUACUGAGGCAGUAACAGACAUGGUUAGCUCACAACUGCAACUACAUCGGUACCAUACUGGUCGAGAAUCAAGAGUUGUUACAGCACUGACCCUUCUGAAGAAACAUCUUUUCAAUUACCAAGGUUAUGUCCAGGCUGCUUUAGUCCUUGGUGGGGUGGAUGUUACUGGGCCUCAUUUGCAUACUAUUUAUCCACAUGGAUCAACUGAUUCACUCCCCUUUGCAACAAUGGGCUCAGGUUCACUUGCUGCUAUGUCUGUAUUUGAGUCUAAAUACAAGGAAGGCUUGACGAGGGAUGAAGGUGUACAGCUAGUGGUUGAGGCAAUAUGUGCUGGUAUAUUUAAUGACUUGGGAAGUGGAAGCAAUGUUGAUGUUUGUGUGAUAACGAAGGGACAUAAAGAUUAUCUCAGGAACCAUCUACUGCCAAAUCCUCGUACAUAUGUGAACCCAAAUGGCUUUACCUUCCCUAAAAAGACCGAGGUUCUCUUAACGAAGAUUACUCCCUUGAAGGAGGUGGUGGAAGUGAUUGAAGGAGGAGAUGCUAUGGAAGAGUAGCUUUCACGUGCACAGUAACUGUGUGUAUCAAGCUGAAACUCGAAUAGUGGGAUCUCGGUGUGGUUUUUUUUGUAUACUGAUAGAACCUUGAAUUGUUGCUUUUAUUAGCCUCAAACGGUUUUCAUGAGAAGGGUUAGGUGGGGGCUAAUUUUGCCUAAAAUUUCAUGUUCUUGUGUCACUGUUUUCCUCGUAACUUUAGCCCCAAGAUCCUCGCCUGAACAAAAUUCAAACAGCUUACUAGGCGGAUGCCGGAUCACCAUUUGCUUUGGGAAACCUUUUAAGUGCGGAUAUGAAUUCUGUUGCGUCGGUAGUAUAGGUGAAAGUAUCAUGUGAGACGGGUAUAAAAAUUCCAUGUCCUUGAAGUGGCGUUUCA